AUGGAUCGUGUAAGCAGUCUGCCUAACGAGCUUCUUUGUCAUAUUUUAUCUUUCCUCACGACAAAGGAAGCUGCUUUAACAUCGGUUCUCUCAAAGAGGUGGCUCAAUCUGCUUGCUUUUGUCCCAAAUCUUGUUCUUGAUGACUCUGAGUUUCUUCAUCCUGAAAAGGAUAAGCUCGAGAUACUUCUCCGUGCUUCCCCUCUGCUUGAGGAAUUACACAUAAGAGACACUCUCAGGCGGAAAGGAACGGCUGUUACCGUGUCAAGUGCAAGCCUCAAGAAGCUAACUAUCUCUGCUAUUUGUUCAAGAAGCAUCAAAAAUCCAAAGAGCACUUGUUUUGAUACUCCAAGUCUGCUUUACCUUGACUACUAUGAUAUUGUCUCGGAGGACUAUCCAAAACUUAACUUGGAGCAUUUGGUUGAGGCUCGACUCAACCUUAUGGCACGGAAAGGUCAAUUAAAGCUAAUACGAGGGCUAGAUAUUGAGGACGAUGAGGUUCGACCAUUUGGAAAUGUGUGGAAGCUCAUGAGUGCCAUAAGAAAUGUUCGGAAACUUGGCUUAUCUUCUGAUACUCUCGAGGUGAUUUCUGUAUGCUGUGAAUUGAUGCCGGUGUUCAACAACCUCAAAUGGUUAAAGAUUAAGAGUAGUAAGAGACGAGGAUGGCAAGCAAUGCCGGUUCUCUUAAGGAACUGUCCACAUUUAGAAACUCUAGUCCUUGAGGGUCUUGAACACUAUGUGACAGAUAAAUGUGGGGAUGCUUGUGACUGCAUUACUCGGGAGGACAAAGGCCGUUCCCUCAAAUCUUGUCCAGUGAAAAAGAUAGAGAUUAAAAGGGUUUAG